AUGUCAAGGAGUGCCGCCGUACCUCCCGACACCAACGGUCCACCACAAGAAAGCAAUUUCGGCGGCAAGCCGUAUAACAAACGCCCUCCCUUCCCGCCCGGCCAAGAGGAACCCCCGAGUCUUCGAGGACGCAACCGCACGCUCAGCAAAGUGCCUUCCUCCAGAGCUUCCUCGGAGCGCUCUCGGCGCUCGUCGCCCGAGAGAACGCAAUCCGGUCCCUCACGGCCCCGGCGGAAACCUCGUCGUCGACGACGAUACUCGGACGAGUAUUCUCGCUCCCCAUCCCCUCGUCCGCGGUCACGCUCCCGCCACAGGCCUUCACGAGGGGAAGACGACCACCUCCCCCCGGAAUUCAAGCCGUGGUUCAAGAAGAAAACCCUCUGGGCCACCAUCGGCACCAUCGCCGGCGUCGCCAGCGUCGUCGCCACGGGCAUCUCCGCCCAAGCCACCAACCGCUCCGCGCAAGCGACGCAGGAGUCCGCCCGCGCGACCAAGAUGGCCGCCAACGCUUCCCAUCGCAGCGCGGACGCUUCCAGUCGCAUUGCGGACAUCUCGGCGCAUUCUGCGCGCGCGGCCAUCAAUACGGCCGUCGCGGCGGGCUACCAGGAUCAUAAAGGAAGGUACGUCGGACCUAUGCCGCCGAACUACUCGGGUGGGCGGCGUGGCAGCAGUCGGGAGCGCCGAAGCGAGAUUGACAGCUUUGACAGCCGUCCGGGGGGAGGAGGGAAUGGGCGGAACGGUCAUCGCUUGGGCCAAGGGUUAUUGGAGUAUGCUCCGAUGGCAAAGGCCAGUUGA